AGCUUUGGCUCGCAGCCAAACUAGUCCGGCAUUCGCUCACGCAAAGGCCAUGCUGGCGCCUCUCCGGCUCAGGGCCCUGGCCCAGCGCGGCGUCCGCUGCUGCGGGACCUCGCUGAGGAUCCCCAAUGCGCCGCCCAACUCCAGCGAGGUCUUUCACACACUGCAGAUGUACCCGAAGUAUUCCCUCACCAACCAGAAGUGGUUCUUCCUGUUCUUCAUGUGCAACGCGGGCGCCUACUCAGGACACUACUUCUACCUGCAGUUCCUGAUGAGCGCCAACCCGCCCAAUCCGCCGCGAGACCCCAAUCAGGUGCGGCCAGAGAAGCACAUGCACACGGUGGAUGACGAUUAAACCGCUCGUGGAAGCGGACUCGAGGAUUCAGGACCCGGAUGGCUCCGACCCGACGACAUGCCGCGGAAAAAGAGUCGUCGCCGGGCGGCCGCGGAGUGUGCAGGAAGCUGACUGGGCGCAGAGAUCC